CUUUCAUCAGAAUAAUGUCUAUCGUGAUUAUGGUAAUCGCCUAUUUUACACUUCUAUUCGCCAAGCUGAGAGAAAACAAGAUGUUAGACAAAUUGUGGAAACCACGAAAGCAUUCGUUCAUUCAUUCAUUGUUAUUGUAUUCUUUCUAUUAUUGACUAAACCCGGUGGCCAUUAUUACCGCAGCGUCUUACAACAAAUCCGCCCACGAAAUGAAUAUUCAUGAGUACACUCCAUGGAAACGCGCUAGUUGGAUGUCAUCAAGGCAGUAAGGCCACAGACGAAGUGGCUGGUAUUUUUCACUAAAAACGUAAUAUUAGGAAAUAAAAAUGACAUCAAGAGAAGACACCAAAUCGUACCUUUCUCGGAGGGAGAUACCUCAGCUUUUUGAGAGUCUCAUGACAGGGCUGAUGUACAACAAGCCUGAGAACCAUGUAGAAUACAUGCUCAAUUGUCUGCAGAAGGUCCAAGGUAGCCCAGAGAAGACCAACGCUGUCAAAUGGAACACAUUUGUGGAGAACGUAAAGCGGACCCCCAGUCCCCUGCCACCAAUCCAGCUCGACAAUGGAGCGAGGCAGCCUACAUUCACUACAGAACCGAGCCUUGCAGAUAUGAAGAGAUUAAGCCCCCUGCCUCCAAUUUCUCCUAAACCAAAUCUGGCCCAUGUACGAAUAAUCUUGGUCAUUGGCGGGCCUGGCAGUGGAAAGGGCACGCAGUGUGCAAAGAUAGCCGAGCGUUACCAAGGCUACAUCCAUCUAUCGCUGGGGACGGCUUUGCGGAGGAAGGUUGCUAAGUUCUUGGAAGACGAUUCAUGGAAGAGUGUGGCUGACCUGAUCAAGACAGGAGGGCUAGUUAAAGAUGACGACACUUAUGAGAUCCUUCAACACAAGAUCGAGAAGAAGUUGAAGAAAUACCCAACGACUCUUGGAUUCAUCAUUGAGGGUUUCCCACGAACCAUGUCCCAAGCCAAGCUAUUCCAGGAUAAGUACGGAACCCCCGACCUUGUCAUCUCGCUGGACUGCGAUGAAGUGCGUCUCAAGUACCGUCUUGAGAAGAGGAAGGAUACUAGCGAGAGAGAGGAUGAUAAAGAAGAAGAUGUGGUUGCUAGGCGACUGGAAGCUUUUAGGGAGCAGACGUUGCCCGUCGUCACUCAUUACAACGCCAAGGAUGGCCUUCUUAGAGGAGUAAAUGCAGACCGGGAUGAGGAUGAAGUGUUCUUUGAUGUUGCCAACAUGAUUGACAGUCUCUUCUUCUCACCCAAGACACCAGCACCACCAGGUACACCUGGGAAAUCCAGUCCACUCCCUCCAAUCAAAAGCCAGAAAGAAGAUCAAACAAGUCAAGAGCAAUCACAAGCAGAGGCUGAAAAGGAAGCUCUCGUUGAUGAAGCAGUUGCAUUACUCAACAGUGGAGUUUCUGUGGAUUUGGUUGUGGAGCCUGCUGUGGAGAAAGUUGAUUCAAAUGUAACAGGGGGAGGAGAAGAUGGCAAAUCAGAAGUGGUAGAAGAAGCAAUAACUGCAGAACAAUCACCAGUGACAGGAGGUGAUGAUAGCACACUGCCCUCUACAGAUGGGAGCGCAGAAGCCAAGCUGAAAGAUGCUAAGAUCAUUUUUGUUGUAGGGGGACCAGGCUCAGGCAAGGGCACGCAAUGUGCAAACAUUGUUUCCAAGUAUGGCUUCACCCACCUGUCUAGCGGUGACCUCCUGAGGGCAGAGGUCGCGUCAGGGUCGGAUCGGGGCAAGGAACUGACAGAGAUCAUGGAAAAGGGACAGCUUGUACCUCUGGAUGUAGUGUUGGCACUGCUGAAGGAGAAGAUGAUCGCCAAUGCUGAGACAUCGACCGGGUUCUUGAUUGAUGGGUACCCUAGGGAAGUGGAGCAAGGAGCAGAAUUUGAAAAGCAGAUUGGAGAGUGCACGUUCACACUCUACUUUGAGGUGUCAGAUGAGACCAUGACAGCGAGGCUCUUGAAUCGUGCAAAGACCAGCGGACGGGUCGACGACAAUGAAGAAACGAUAAAGAAGAGGCUGGCAACGUUCCAUGAAUCGACCAAACCUGUAGUAGAUUGCUACACAGAGAAGGGAAAGCUCAAGAUGGUCUCUGCUGAGGCAGGUUCAGAGGAGGUCUUCGUCCUGGUGAAGGAGAUCUUCGAUGGAUGCGGUUUCAAGGCUCUAGAAGAACCCCAGACCACAGAGGAGGCUGCACCACCCACAGAGGAUGCCACUGAAGCAACCGAAGCACCGGCUGAAGCACCCACUACAGGGGAUGCACCGACAGAGGAACCAGCAGUCGAAGCAACAACUGACGCCCCUGCAGAGGCACAGGCCGAUGCACCUGCUGUGGCACCAGCAACCGAAGAGGCACCAGCAGAGGCACCAGCAACCGAAGAGGCACCAGCAGAGGCACCAGCAACCGAAGAGACACCGGCAGAUGCACCGGCAGAAGAGGCAGCACCUGCUGACGGUGCAGCGGAGACUGAGAAAGUGGAGGAGGCCAAGGCUCCUGCUCCCAAGGAUUUCUUCUUUGUCGUUGGUGCCCCUGGCACCGGCAAGAAAGCCGUAGCCAAGGCCCUGGCCGAGAAGAUGAACUUCAAGCACCUCUCUGUAGGCAGUGUCCUCACCGACUCCUCCAACCUUGAUCAGGGAAUGAGUGAGGCCAUUGCUGCGGCUCUGGCUCAAGGAUCACUGGUUGCUACAGGCAUCCUUCUCAGUAUCCUUGGGAGGGUGGUGGAGGCUAACAGCGAUGCUACAGGGUUUGUCCUAGACAGCUUCCCCAAGUCAAUGGAGCAGAUUGUUGCCUUUGAUGAAUCGAAAAUUGGCAGGGUGACUGGCUUCAUUCACCUGGAUGGCACCCGAGAGGAGGCCGAGGAGAGCUUGAAGGGGAAGAAGGAGGCAGGAGAACGGGGAGAGGAGACAGAGGAGGUCGCCAAGAACAAGAUGGAUGCCUUUGAGAAGGAGGCUCCUGCAGUGGUGGAGCAUUACGAGAAGAACAACAUCCUCAAGAAGUUUUCAUUCAAGGAGGUUGCUAACGAUCUUUCAACCGUCCUCGAUGCUGUGUCAGCCUUAAGUGGGGAAUAAGCCUUGUCCCUGGCCCCUAAUACCACUUUAUAUUUUCAUCAAAUUGGCAACUUUUAUAUAUUUUUUUAUUUCUAUAAUGUUGUAUAUAAUAUUUAAAUGAAAAUUGUGUUUCUUAAAGAAAAUAAAUGGACAUCAUCUUUUAAAAAUUAAAACUAUUUGUAUGGAAACUUGUAGAUUUUGUAGCUUUCAAUGUUGACUCUUAAAAUGAAAAGAUUUUAAUCUUUAUGUAUUUCUUUUGAAAUUCCUGGCAUCAAACAACAUCAGGUAGUUCAACAAAUCUAUCUGCUACAUUUUAACGGCUCUCAAUAAAAAUUCAAUUUUUCAGGCACAAAAAAUGUGGACUGUGUUCCUUGAUGGGUUUAACUCUUUUAACUUUAUUCUUCUUUCUUUAUAAUCUAUACCACAUUCCUGCUGCAGAACAGAUACAAGUACAUUUUGUUGGUGUUUUUGCCAAAGUGUUCCAAUUCGCUCUGCUCUUCACAAUUUUGGAAAGAGUUUUCUUGUAGUAUGUCAAAACAUGAAGAAUCCUCUGCUCUGUGUUGAUUAAUGCUGCAAGCUUUUUAGAGGGAGUUUUCAAAUGAACGAACAAGGAAUUGGGUGUGUUUUUGUAAUCGAAGAGUAAGCAAGGGUUAUUAAUUGGAGUUUGGAUGGAUUUAAUCGUUAUACAUGUAAAUGAUUGGGAAAAGAGUACAUGAUUUUAAUCAUUGCAGAAUUUUUUUUUUUUCUUGAACUUUUUUUUGUUUAAAAAAAAAAAAAUGUUUUGUAGCCAGCACCCUUGAGGACAGCAGUUAGUUAACUGAAGAGGAGACCCUAUUGAAAUAAAAUGGAAAACAAAUCAAUAUGUAAAUAUCGUGUUGUAGAUUUUUGAUGUACAUGUAUAUGAGGUACUCUAAUUAUUUUUAUUGUUUAACUGUGAACAAGGAGAUUUAUGAAGAUGUACAGAUCUGAAUUGCUUUAUACAUGUACCAAAGUAUCAGAUUUUGGAUAACAAAUUAAUUGAUUCAUAGAAUUUUACUAAUUUAGAAUAAAAAUGAGCAUGCAUGUGUAUAUAUUCAAUGCUAUCAUUGUGUAAGGUAUAUUACUUUAUGAAUCAAGUGUAAAAUAUAUGGAAGUAUAUUAGUAUAAAGAUGUUAAAGUAUAUGAAAUAUUGCCCUUUUGGCUCCAAACAGACAACAUGCAUAUAUCACUUCAAUAUUGAGUUACUGUCCUGAUGGCUCAUAACACACUCUAAAACAAUGUACAAUGUGUUGUCAUGGAAACUCCUGAUAGUAAUAACAUUGCCAAGUUAUAUACCGGUAUCGUUCGUAAAGAGAUGAGUUUUAUGACAUUAUAUUUUUCUAAAAUGUAUUUUGCACGUGAGAGAACCUUCUCUAAACUACCACAUCAAAUUUAUUGUAAAAACAAUAUGAAAUAUGUUGUAAAAACUAUUGUAAUUGUUGUGAUGUGUGUUGAUGUGACUAAUAAGGUCCCUUUUUUUCUCAUUUGUGAAUUUAAAGAAAAUGUGUAGGUAUCAUAGCUCAAUGUAAAUUGUUGGUUAAAACCGUCCUUGCAAUUAAUUAAAAUGUAGAUCGAUGUUUACAUAGGAAUUACCUGUACAACAGAAUGUAUCAUAUUUUGGGGGUAAAAUAUAUACAUUUUAUUACAAGCUUACUGUGACAGGAAAAAACAAAAUACAAAUCUAUAUAGUACUGAAUAUUUGUGAAUAGUCACCACAAUUCUGAUAUUCAUCUUUGAUCUUGUAAUGUUCCAUCCAAAUUCAUCGCUGCCUAGAAAUUAUUUUGGAAAAAAGAAUUGACAAAUUUGUGUGUGAAUUUUUCAUCAUGUUUGUGUGUGCAUAUUUGAUAUGCAUAUUUCUUGAAAGAGAAUAGGAUUUUCAACUAGUUCAAAAGUUUGGACCAAUAAUAGAAUCCAGUGUCAAAUGUAUAAGAGAGGUAAUAAAGGUAUAUUUUAUUUUUCAGCAAUAAAAUUUGGGAUGUGUAGGGUAUCGUAAUACUUUUUGUGAUUUUUUGGAUUUCAUCAAAAUUGCAUUUUGAUGUCUUUUUUAAAAGGUGUGUUUCUUUGUGUGUAGUGUGUAGAUAUACACUUGUACGAGCAAUACAUAUACAUAGUUCUCUAAACAUCUGUGAAAACAGGUUGAAGAAAAAGUCCUUUUACAGAAAAAAAAAACUGUUGCUUGUUGACUUUGACUGAAAGUGCCACUAUCAAGUGGCUAAAUUAUCAAUGUGUACUGUUAAUUCAUACCAAUGGUAAAAAUUAAUCUUGUUUACAAGUAAAUUUAAAUGUUUUUAUAGAAUACAGGAUAGUUUUCUUUUUGCCCAAACUCUUCUUU